CUCACGCUCUCGGUACGUGCGUGCAUGUUGUUGCUCUCUCACACUUGUAUCUCACACUUCUACCGCUUAACUCAUCAAGCAGGACUAACCGUGGACAGAUACAGUGAAGGCAGGCGACCCUUUCGGGCCAUGUAAACAUGGAAGGGCUCUACUUUGAAGUGAAGCCCAAGAGAGGUGAAUCAUGCAACACAGAAGGCUCUGAGAGACCCAGAGCUGAUCUGACUCCAAACCGCCAGUCAUGUCCGUCAUUUUCACAUCUCACCUCUUCCACAAAAAACGUCUAUGCUGCGAAGAGGACUGCAACAUGGGCGGGAAAGAUGGUGGAAAUGGGAGAGGAACCGGAGGUACAGUACAGACUGACAUUGAUUGGUUCUCUGACAGUCCACCACCUCACCACCAUGGCCAUGCUGCCCUGGGUGGUGGCUGAGAUCGCCAGGUCUCAGCCAACAAAGAAGGAGCCAGAAACAGGGAUACAGUCCAUACAGCCCGGACAAUGGAACCGUUCCACCUCCAGUCAUUUGGUUUCUCUUCACGUGUCGGCAUCGUGGGUGCAAUGUGUGUCUGUUUUGGGAGAGGGAGUCGUCUGGGAUCCUCUUACACAUACAGUGCUGUUUGAAUGUCGUCCACACCAGGUGACUAAACUCAUUCACAACAGCCAGGAGCCCAGCAGCUUUGGCUGCCUGGUCAGAAAGACGCCAUACUGUGCCUGCUAUGUCUUCCAGUGCCAGGACAGCACCAAGGUCCCUGAGAUCAUCAGUACGCUGAGGCAAGCUGGCAAGAGCUCCUCACGCAACAGUGAUAUCACCAGCACUUCCAACAAAACUUCCACUGGAGGCAGUGAUUCCUCUGAACCAUGCUCUUCACAUGUCGCUGCAAUGACGACCUCCGUGGCACCCACUGCUGCUGUGUCACCAACAGCUUUUGCCAAAAAGUUCGAGGUACUUUUUUGUGGCCGUGUGAGUGUCGCUCACAGGAAAGCCCCGCCUGCUCUCAUUGAUGAGUGCAUUGAGAAGUUUAGCCAGUUACAUGGCUCAGGGACGACUGAUAAAGGUGGAAAUGGCAAGGGAUUGGUGGAUGGGUUGAGGAGGGCAUUAAGCUUUCAGUCCAAUGGACUGGGAAGCAGUGCUGUUGGUGAUGGUGCCUCAGCGAGUCCCACCACCAGCAAGCGACUUGUCUUGUUCAAGCAAGACCCCAGUUUUCCCUGUCUGCAUGCCCUGGAUGAGAACGGGCUUUCACCUGAAAUUUCUCACAACAACACUACUGAAGCACUUUCCCGCUCCAUUGAAGUACAGCCCACCAGCCUGCAGGAGAACAGGACCAUGCUGUUUACGGUUGGCAGGUCUCAGAUCUUCUUGGUUAGUCCAGACACUAAGAAAGUUGCCAUAGAGAAGAGUUUCAGAGAAAUCUCUUUCUGCUCACAGGGUAUUCGACACGUGGAUCACUUCGGCUUUAUUUGCAGAGAGAUGGUGGAAGGAGGGAGCUGCCAAUUUGUUUGCUAUGUCUUCCAGUGUACCGAUGAAUCACUGGUGGACGAGAUCAUGCUGACUUUGAGGCAGGCGUUCUCUGUAGCAGCCCUGCAGCAGAAUGCAAAGACCCAGAACCAGCAGUGUGACAGCUGUCCCAUGCAGCAGCUUCACAGACUGUGUGAGAGGAUAGAAGGUCUACACCCAUCUAAAACCAAACUGGAGCUUCAGAGACAUUUGGCCACUCUGGACAAUCAUACACAAGCAUCAGUGUUUGAAAACACAAUGAGGGCUCGCCCCAAGAGUGAUCAAGAAGAGAAUGAGUUGGUGAUGGCCUCACUGAGGAAUCUGUAUGAGGAGAAACAGAGGAGCCAUCAGCACAUACUGCCUGGGGACAGCAAACAAGGGUGUGAGAAGGCAGCUCUAGUGCCUGUUGAGGUGCAGCAGCAGAGUAGCAGCCGGCAGCGACUUGAGCAGUUCAAGAGCCGAGCCAAGCGAUCUCUCACUGAGUCCCUGGAGGGCAUUUGGAAGGGGAGCAGCAAGGCCAGGGUUCACAGAGACAACAGUGAAGGAAGUGACAGCAACUCUUCCAUCUGUACUGUCAACAGCACCCAAUCCUGCAUAGAUGACCCUUUGUCCGCCUCCUCCCAGUUAUCACUCUCCAGCCCACUCAGGAACCACAACUCAACGGGAGACCUGAAGUGUCUUCAGACCUCCCUCCACCUGUCCCCCUCUUCUUCCUCUUUACCUGGUGAUGCUCAGCCACAGGGUUUUCGCCGACGGGCCAGUACCUUCAGCCACUCUCCCACUUCCUCCUCAGGACUUGAGUACUCCCCAGUGCACACACUAACUCACACUCCACAGGACCCCACUGCCGUUACCAAGCCCAAGCUCGUACGACACUACUCCGUCAGCACUGACACGCCCCACCAGAGCAAAUAUGCCCCAACCAGCUCCAUCCUUCCUCCUGUUUCUCCCUCCAAUUCAUCCCCCUCUCUUCUGCUUGCGCAUCAUCCUUCCUCCCCUUCUUCUGGAGCCCGUCUCAAUAAAAGAAGCACUCUGGUUGGUCUGCGUGCUCGUCUCCACUCCUCUUCCUCUGUUCCUAAUUUUCUAAAAUUUCACUUUCUGGCCCCUGUCCAUGAGAACGAUUUUCCAGAACCAAAGAGCAGGGAUGUGGCAGCUCUCUCUACACCAAAUUCAGCCGGCGGGUUAGGGGGAAGCCCUCUGUGCAGUCGUCGCCACUCGUGGAGGCAACAGAUUUUCCUUCGGGUCGCCACACCUCAGAAGAACACGGACAUCAGUGAGCGAACAGAAUGCUGUCUGGACAGGGGGCGAGUAUGUGUGGGCCAGGUGGCAGUUGGAGGAAAUAUAGACAUGAGAGUGGUGACUGAGGAAAGGACAAAAAGGAACAAAGAGGAGCUCAGAGAUCUUUGGAGGAAGGCCAUCCUGCAGCAAAUCCUGUUGCAGAGGAUGGAGAGGGAGAACCAGAAACUGUUGGCCUCAGAAAGCAACCUACAGAACAAGCGCCUAAAGCUGGACUAUGAGGAAAUCACCCCAUGUCUGAAGGAGGUCACUCUGGUGUGGGAGAAGAUGCUGGGAACUCCUGGGCGAGCAAAGGUCAAAUUUGACACAGAGACCAUACAUGCUGCUGUUGCACAAGGAGUCCCUAGGCAGCAUCGCGGGGAGAUCUGGAAGUUUCUCUCUGAGCAGUAUCUGCUCAGGCAGACUGUGCCGUCCCGACCACCUGCCAAUCACACUCCAUACAAAGAGCUGCUGAAACAGCUCACCUCGCAGCAACACGCCAUCCUCAUAGACCUGGGUCGCACUUUUCCUACUCAUCCUUAUUUCCAAGCCCAGCUGGGGGCAGGACAGUUGUCUUUGUACAACAUACUGAAAGCCUACUCACUGCUGGACCCUGAGGUGGGCUACUGCCAAGGUCUGUCCUUCAUUGCGGGAGUACUGCUGUUACACAUGGGGGAAGAGGACGCCUUCAACAUGCUGAAAUUUCUAAUGUAUGACAUCGGGAUCCGUAAACAGUACAGGCCUGACAUGUUUAUCCUCCAGAUUCAGAUGUACCAGCUGUCGCGGCUGCUUCAUGACUACCACAGGGAUCUUUACACCCACCUGGAGCAGCAAGAAAUCGGACCCAGCUUAUAUGCCACCCCAUGGUUCCUCACUGCCUUCGCCUCGCACUUCCCCCUCGGCUUCGUGGCCAGAGUCUUUGAUAUGUUGUUCCUGCAAGGGUCAGAGGUCAUCUUCAAAGUGGCCUUGAGUCUGCUGGGAAGCCACAAACCUCUGAUCCUGCAGCACGACAACCUCGAGUCCAUCGUUGACUUCAUCAAGACCACCCUGCCGAACCUGGGUCUGGUGCAGAUGGAGAAGACCAUUAAUCAGGUUUGUGAGAUGGAUUUGUCCAAGCAGCUCCAAGCUUAUGAGGUAGAGUACCACGUCCUCCAGGAUGAGCUGCUGGACACGCCCCCAACUCUCAACCAAAACCAGCGAGCCGCUCAGCUGGAGAGAACCAACCAGAGCCUGCGACAGCAGAACAUGGACUUGCUUGAGGAGCUACAGGUAUCCCAUGCUCGUGUGCACAGUCUUGAGAGUCAGUUGGAGGCUUUGGUCCACUCUGAGGGUCGACUGAAAGAGCAAGUUUCCGCACUGGAGGAGGAGAAGCAGCAGCUGCUGAGCACGGUCGCGCGCCUCCAGGACCUCUUCAUCAACCUUGGCUUACAAAACUCCCUCGAUGGACAGACACUGACUUCACCUACUGAAAGGCACUCAGCAGCAGCAAAGACAAACAGAACUGGGGACUCCCUGCUUCCAGAGGGUUCUUAACUACAUAUGAUAAAUGUAAAAAAAAAAAACGUAAAGUCAACCAGAGGAGAAGCUGCCUGGUGAAGACUCUGGAAGAGGGAGGCGUUUGUCCUCUUCCAGGCUCAAGAAUGUUUUAAUAACAAAACAGGUUACAACCAAAAUGUGUGAGGGAAAAAUGAAAGUAUGGCGUGCUUGAGUCCUGUAAUUCCACAAAUGCCCUGGUCCAGGUCUCUAACAAAUGUAAAUAAAUGUUUGACCAGUCGUCCCCAAAGAAAGCACUGUCUCCCUGAGCCUGUGCUGUGAAAACAAAGCAGUUACAUUUGCACCUGUACUUGUAUGUUUGUAUCUUUUAAUGUUUGUGAGUGGUGUCGCUCAUGUGUUUUAGAGGGUUAGUCAAACUGUGCCGUGCGGAACAAGACUCAAAUAUCCCAAAGACUGACUGUAUUAUAUGUAAAACAAGCUGAAAGUCUCCGACGAUAUCCUGAAACGAUAUGUUAUGGAUCAUCCUGAUGCUCUGUUAGUAAGGAGAAUGAAAGUGACGUACAGUAUUUGCAGAAAAGUGAUCAGAAAGUGAAAUGAAGGGACGAGUGAGGAUUGUGGGGUUUUUUUUUGUCUGAUAACCCAAUCUGAAUGAACCUUUAUUUAAAUAAUGUAAGAUCCUGGUCAGGAUGGUGGUUCUCAUAUUCAGAGGUCUUUCCUUCUUUAUAGUCUUCCACAGUUUCCCGAUCCAGUGCUUUUUAAAUGACAUUGAGUUACAGUAGCCGACAGGAAGAGUCACACAAUAAAUCCAGUCCAUUUCACAUCCUGUUUUUCACCUUUGGAUAUGCGCUGAUUCGCCAGAGUAGGAAGGGGAAUGGAUGCCGUUUCAGCAGAAGACUUGAAACAGUUGCUGUGAUCCUUUUUUUGUGAGACCUAAGUACACACAAACCUUUUUUUUUUUUUCUUUCUUGUGAGUGCCUGAUUGAUUACUUGUCGCUGCAAAACAAACGUGUAUGUAGACUUCAGUUCUGGAGACCUGUGCUGCUGCUGAGACACUCUGUAAAUCAUUUACUGUAUUCAACACACUGAAAUCAUUCAACCGAGUGUCUGUCUGUGUGUCUUUGUGCGCCUAUGCACUCCACUGAUUUACACUGUAAAGUCAUUUUGCUCUUA